UGGAAAACCAAAACAAAAACACGCGAGUGGUCAUGUAAUCGCUAAACCGUGAAUGGAUUUUUGUAAGGAGUAAACAUACUCCCUUAGAACUCGCCCAAAAAUGAAUAUCCUGAGAAAUUGCUUGACCCGGCGAUGGGUUCUAGUCGGAGGAACAUACGUGCGACCCAUUUCACAUGCACAACGAAGUCCAAUCAGAUGUUUGCAUAAUGCCAGGAUGAAUCAGCUGCUGCCGGCAUCUCCUAUCAGCGUUUCCACAAUUCAACACCGUUUAUUCACAGCACAAGUGAAGACCAGCACCAAGCCGGUAAUUACCCAAGUUUCGCUAAUAGAUGAAUUGAAGGGAGACGUGAUGGCCCAUAGGCGUGUCCAUUUGGAUAAACUUCAGCAGGCGAUUUCCAAACCGGAAGCAACCCUUGGCGGUUCGUAUGACUUCCUGCUGGGUUGCUGCGGUAGGCUUUUGGUGGACCAACCAGCUGAGGUUCGAAUGAACCUGUUCAAAAGCAUUUGGCACAUGGCUGGAGAACCGACGUCAACGACAUCGCUGGAUCGAUGGAAGACAAUGCUGAGAGUGUAUCGAGAGAACGGGUCCGAUAUUAAUGGGGGUGUGGGGGAGUUUUUGGAGGAUGUCAAGUGUGAGAAAGAUGAAGAAUUCUACCGGCUUCUGUUGGCGGUUGUCUCUGAACGGGGCGAUGAGGUGAAAAUGCAGCAGAUUAUGAAGCUACUGGAGGCGCAAGACUUUGGGCUAGACGUUUCCACUGGAAGAAUUCUGAUCAGGGGACAUUUUAAGGCAGGUAAUUUACAGGCUGUGAGUAUGAUGCUGGACACCAUGAGAGCUGCCGAUAUAGAACUGGAUGGUGGAAUCUACGGAGAGUUAGCUAUUGGCUACUUAAUGAACAAACAAACCGAUAAGUUUUCGAAAAUGAUCAAAGAAAAGGCACCGUACCUAACAGAUUAUCAUAUUAUGGAAGCCCUUAAAGGAGCUUUAAUAAUCCAUGAAUAUGAUGCUGUUAAACAGCUGGUUACACUUCUUCCCGAGGAGGUGACAAACGAUUCAAAAAUUCAUCCUAGUUUGCGAAACAUUUGCACGGAACUGUUCGGUCUCAAACAAUUUGAAGCGGUUCGAGCGCUGUUAAAUGAGCUUCCCAUUCCCAGAUUCAACGCCAACGAGAGUUCCGACGGUUACGGUGUGUCACUCAUAUCGGAAAUGAUCAGAACGGGUGCUCCGUUCGGGGAAAUUCGUGCGCUAGUUGAUUUUCUUAUCAAGACGGAAAGAAAUACCCGCGCCUUACACGUUGCCUGUGAUUGCGCAAUUAAGGUGGCCAGUGAUAUCUAUCCUCAGUUGCUGGUGGCUCUCCACAAGCAGGAAGAUCUCCGUCCGCACUAUUUUUGGCCUUUGAUCGUACAGAAUUUCACUGAUCGCGGAGAAGCAGGUGUUUUGGAGGCGUUAAAAUUAAUGCAGAAACUGAGAACCGAGCUGGAUGAAGAAACGAUUUCGGUGUUUGUUCUGCCCAAGCUUUCCAUCACUCUAAAAGAUGUGCGCACAGCGUUGAAGCAAUUCGAGGACCGCGGGGUUAAAAUGUCCAUCUUGAUGACUCCUUUUGUUACCCAGCUGUUACAUCAAAACCGCUUCCAAGAUGCAUGCCGCGUUGUAAAACUAUAUUCCUCCAAGAUGAACACUGAGAAAAUGGUUUGGCCGCUUGUGUUACAGGCUUCCGCUUGGAGAAGCUCCGAACACUUCAGAAAUCUAUCGGAAGUCAUUCGUCAGCUUAUGGACAAUGCUCGUGAUCCCAAUCAUGAUCUCGGCGGACAGCUCCUGCUGGAGCUGCUAAGUAGCAAGAAAACCAAUUUCGAUGCGGUCACGUUGAAAUCGUUGCUGCUACAGUUCCAACAGUUUCGUAUCCGAAUCAGUCGGAUGAGUGCCAAUGUGCUGUUGAAUCAUUUCACCAAAACGAAAAGCGCUGAUUCCGACUUGGUGAAGCUGGUAAAAUCGCUGGCAGACGACAGUUUAACGAUAGCAUCGAAGCAGAUGUUCGAUUCGUUCAUUGUUCACCCGCGCGAUAUGAACUAUGAGGAACUGGAGUGUCAUCUGAACGAAUUGGAGGAGAAAAAGAUGAAUGCCAGAGGAGUACUCCGCCGAUUGCUGCAGAUUUGCAUCCGACAGAACCGGUUGGAGCGGGCAGUGGAAAUUAAGCGCAAGUGCGACGAUUUGAAAGUGGAAUUGAGUUCGGGGAUGCUGGCAUCGGUUUUUGAUAUGUACAUCAAGCUGAAAGAUGUUGAUAAAGCGGGCAAAACGCUGGCCCAACUACAAGCCACAUUUCCGGGAUUUUUGAUUGACACUCACAAGAUCGUUGAUUUUGCGGCGCUUUUGGUAGAGAAUGGAUUUGUGGAGAACGCUCGGAAUGUGCUGAAACAAAGAGCGGCGAGGCAGAUAGUGCCAGGGUAUGCGAAUAAAAAUAUUUGGAAUCUGCUCACAAAUAAUGCUCAGUGGGCUGCAAAUACCGACGGUAACUCCGAGCAAAACAAAACUUACGAACUGUUAACAUUUCUAGUAGAUCUCGGAUAUUGUUCGUAUGAUAACGCCCUAUUGGGCCCGGUAAUACGGGAGUAUUUGCUAAAGAAUCAGACCAGAAAUGCAAUAGCGGAGUUCAAGAAAAUUGCCACCGAAAAACAACGAACGCCUUUACAGUUGGAGAUAUUUACAUUGCUUGUGCGACUCACCAAUUCUAACGACGCACAGAUACCACCGGGCGAAGCCAAAGCGCUGCUUGGGGAAAUAAUCCAAGUCACGUCCAAGAUACAUGGCCCGGUCAAUACCAACAACACUUUGAUAGUAGCCCUGGCGGACGCUGGCACCGAUGCCCAGCUACGACGAAUUUUAAUCAAUCCAGAAACUCGCGUGAAUCACUCGUACAUUUUGACACAGUGCGAAUUCCUGGUGAACUCUGGCAAGCUAGAUGUUGUUCUGCGGCUGGCGAAGAGCUCCCGAGGGUUGGCCAACGUUCGGGAAGCGGACUUUUUGGGGGUCAUAGUGAAGCAGUACAUCCGGGAUAACAAUUGUGAAGCGGCCGUUGAACUGUUCAACCGGCUUCAGGCGGAAGAUGAGUUGAAGAUCACAGGAGAACUGGCGCGGAAGUUGAUCGAUCUGCUGGAAAUUAACAACUACGAGGUUCCCAGUGGGAUUCGAUUAUACGCGAAAUAAAGCAAAUUGAG